AUUGGCUCGUAGGUUCACUCGCGAUCCUGUUCUCUCCCAGAGGCUGGGUAAACUUCGAUCGAGUUGCAGCUCGCUUCUGGAAGCGGAGGUCCUGCAGGAGGAAACUGAGAAAUCCCGAAAUCCAGGCGAUUUCCGCCUCUCGCUUCAGGAGGAGAGAGAAAGGGGGAGCGAGGCGGUGUGUGAAUGGUUUUAGUGGAGUCACUGGGGAAACGACUCUGAGUCACAAGAAGCCACAAGCUGGGCGACCCAGAGGAGUUCAGAGGGAACCAAAAGAAACUUCCCCGAGACAGUGAAGUUUGAAAAGAAAAUAGUUACAGAUUUUUAAAACAAGUUUGAAAGUUGAAAAUUCCGAGCUUCUGAAUUAAAACUUUUUUUUUGGCCUCAGUGAAAUCGAUAAGGUUUGCAAAGUUUGCUUUAAAAAAAACAGAAAGAACUCUGCAUGAUUCAUUCGGAAGAAGACAGAACUUAGACCGUGAAAGUUUGUACAGUGAACCACCUCUGAACCCCACACCAGGCGAUGUUUCGCGCUUGGGCAAGUUGUUCAUCUUUCAGUAAAGUGGCUCUAGAACAUAUUUAAAGGGACGGUUUAACGAGUGGCUGUCGCUUUUAUUCGUUCACCGAGCUCCGUUUUCAGCCGCAACCGAUGUCUCAAUGUCUCAAGGUAACAAGGGCUGCAAUCGCGCACAGCAGGGAGCAGCAGCGGCGACAGCACAAGGAACCCGACCAUCCCGGGACAGAGGGAAUGAAAAUGAAGAUGGAGAAGACCACGUGUUGUUGAGAGAGGAUACUGCACCCUUCAAUGAGCGGGAAGAAGAGAACGAGACCGGAGGUCACAGUUCUUCAGUAGAUACUAUAACGUGUCAACCGCAGGCUACCCCUUCAACAAGUUACUUCACACCAGGAAAGGUUGCAGUAGGCCCCGUGUCAUCACAAAAUGCUAUUAGACAGGACCCCCAGCCAAACAGCACGGCAGGACCCAGAGUGCACGGCAGUGGUGUGGCACAUUCGGCACCAUCCACCUCACACUACAAGCAUGGCAAACUGCAGUCCUACCCGUCCAUCAACAGCCACAGCAGUAAGAAGAGCAAAUCCAGUUCCAGGUCAACAGCAUCUCAGAUCCCUUCUGACGCAGAGGAAGACUGCUGCGUGCACUGUAUUCUAGCCUGCCUUUUCUGCCAGUUCCUCACCCUGUGCAAUAUCGUACUAGACUGCGCGACCUGCGGCUCCUGCACCUCCGACACCUCCUGCUGCUUCUGCUGCGGCUCCGAGGAAUGCGCGGCCUGUGACUUGCCGUGCGAUCCAGACUGCGGGAUCGUGGACGCGUGCUGCGAGUCGGCAGACUGCCUGGAGAUCUGCAUGGAGUGCUGUGGCCUCUGCUUCUCCUCUUAAAUGUGAAUUCUGGAAAUCUCGUCCGGGACUUAACGAGUGUCUGACUGGAUGGUUGGUCGGGAUGUACCUUCAAGGUUCGACGACGAGCAAGGAACUGUUUGCAAAUCUCUUUCAUCCAGGAAACUGCUGGCUGUCAAGAAAUAAAGAUGAGACAUAUGUCACUGUGGAGCUAGUGACAUCUAUUUCAAUUUUUUUAUUAGUCAGCUAGAAGGUUUGCCAAUUGUUGCUCAAACUUCUCAACUUCCAAAGCUUUCUGUGAACAGGUUUUUGUUGUUCCCCUUUACCCGUUAGAAUAUUCUUCUGAUAAUUUCAUUAUGAAUCAAAGCUUCAGCCUUCAAGGACACGAUCCUGACUUUGCUUCCCGUAGGAGGUGGGGCAGGAAGAGCUGUUGUAGGUGGAAAGUUGUUGAGGUGAGUCUGGUCAGAUUGUGAGUGAACACCGGUAAGGAGGGAUUAGUUCUAUGUUCCCGAUCCUCACACUGCUAGGUCAACAUCUACCUCUUAUGCCUCAUAGUGAACGAUUUACUAAGAGGCUCUGACAAAAUGCAGGCAAAAAAUAUUUUCAUUACUUAUGCCUGAGGGUGGUACACGGUCACAUUGGUUUCCAGUGGGAGAGGAUGGUCAGCCCAUCACUUAUCCAUAGAUUUCCUUUGAAAACCUGAAUCUCAUCUGUAGGGUAAAAGAUGGCUGUUUCUUCUUGUUUGAAGCCUAUUAACACUAUACUCAGGACAGGAAUGGUACUUACAGUAACUGUUUUCCAUGAGGAAAAUAGUGAUAGGGAGUUUAGCAAACUGCAUCCUGCGGCAACCGGAAAAAUAUCCUUCCUUACCAGGGUGGCACAACAGCAAAAUGUUAUUUCAUCACCAGCAACCCAGGUUCAGUUCCUGCCACUGUCUGUAAGGAGUUUGUACGUUCUCCCUGUGACCAUGUGGGUUUCCUCCCACAUUCCAAAGACAGUAGAUUAAUUGGUCACAUGGGUAGAAUUGGAUAGCACAGGCUCAUUGGGCUGGAAGGUCCUAUUACUGUGCUGUAUCUCUAAAAAAAAUUAAUAUAAUUUUUUUUAUAUUAAAAAAUGCCGGACCACCUAAAUGGGCCCGUUGUAUAUCACAGGCUGCCCCUUCACCAAGCUACUUCAUGACAGCAAAGGCUGCACUAAGCAUUAAGUGUCAGGCAGGACAACCGGCCAAAUAGCUGCUUACAAUCGAUCAACCAGGCACUAUUGGGCCCAGAAGAACCAGAACUUGUAAAUUAACUUUAACAGGUUUUGGGACUUACUGGGAUUUUUUCCCCCACAUGUGAAGUUUAUUAAUGAAGAAUGAAAAAAUAUAGAAAACAAGGUCCAAUUUUCUUAUGACUCAUAAUACUUCCACUGGUCACCUCAUGUUAUAAUGGCCCCUUCAACUAAACUGGCCCUUUCCUCCCUUCACUGCUCCUGGUCUCCAAAUUUGAAUAAAGUUACAUUGCCUAUCUUUGUCAUAUCAAAAGACAAUUAAACUGCAGAUAUAGGAAGGUGCUUGAUCACAGCAAAGUCUUUUCUUUUCUUCAUAAUGUUCUCCAGUUCUCCACUCCCCCCUUCUGGACAAAUUACCAGGUGGGGGAGCAAAAAGGAAGAAAUAAUAAUCCUGCAGAUGCCAGAAAUCUGAAAUUAAAAGAAAGAAUGCUGGGGAUACUUAGCAACUCGGGCCACAUUUCAAGGAAAUAAAGCAGAAUUAGCUUACUAGGUUGAUGACUAAUGAAAUGAGCUAAUGAAAGACAAUUUAUCUGAAUCAUUACUUCUGUUUCCCCUUCCACUAAUACUGCCUAAUCUGCCAAACAUCCCCAGCAUUCAUUAUUUUUGUGCCUAUUAAGGUUUGCUAAAUAAGAGCAAUGGCCAAUCCCUCUCUCUGUCUGACCAAGGUCACCUGCUUCACCCCAAAGAAACUUAUCUAAGACGUUGACUUAGCUGGAAUCAAAACUGUUUUAUGUAGUCAGCCCAGUAGCUAUUGAAGAAAAUAAACUGCUCAGUGGAUGAACCCACUCAGAUUAUUGACCUUAAUUACAUCUGACCGUGUGCUUUGAGUGGCAGGUGUGAAUUAGGUGAUGGAACCUCUGCUUGAUCUGUGAUAAAAUUUUCUUUGGAAAUAUUAUCGACACAAAUUUAGAGAAACUAAUUUGCAUUGGAUGAGAAAAUAAUAUAAGUUUGACAAUGCGGUAUCAGUACUUCUUGCUACCAAAUCUUAAAACAAAGAAGGGGAGCGGAGUAUUUGAUUAUCAUGGUAACUGGCUAUGGUGUGGAAUGUCUGAAAGCAGACACAGCAAUAAUUUUGUUAAAAGAUUUAGGUAAAUAUUUAAAUGGAUGUAUUUGCCUGGUAGCAGAAAAGAACAGGGGAAUAGGACCAACCGGGUGUCUCCUUCAAACAUCUACAUCUAGCUCUAAUAAAUUAAAUGAUUUCUGUAGUCUAUGAACUCUGCCCUGAGUUAACAUAGUAACUGGAACUAGUUGUUUAUUCCAAUACUAGAACGCUGAUACAGAAUGCAGUUAAAUUAGUAUGUGUUGUUUUAAUUUUUGUGUAUUCUGGUUUGAUACAAUAUAUUUUUAGUUGCUGCAUGAUGUUCUAGAUUCAAUAGUCACUAAGGCAGAAUAGCUCACUUGUGAAUAGGGCUAUAUCAAGUUGUCUGCAAAUUUAAUAUUUUGUCAAGUUUUUUUUUUAGUUUUUGGGUAGCUAACUUUACCUUUCUUGUAUUCCUGAAUGAAACAUUAAUAGUUAAGGUUGUCCAGAUGUUUGGGGCUCCUCGGUUUACAAUGCUGCUACACCCCAUGCACUCCACUUCCUCCCCUAUGUCCUCACACUAAAAUCAAGAUUCGUUGCACCAGAUCUUUCUUGAAGUGCUCCUUCCUUAGGAUGUCAAGCUGUGAAACUCCCAAAUCCCUCACGUAUAACAUUAAAUAAAGGGCCAACAGUUAAGGAAUUAAUAAGUAGGUUCUGAGAAACAUUAUUCAUUCAAGCAUUAAAAAAUAGUACAGAUUGUCAAGAGAAAUUAAAGAUAAUAUUAAAUCAAAACAAAAGGCUAAAAAUAUUCCAAAAGACAGUAAUAUGCCUGAGGAUUGGGAAUAUUUCAGAAUCUAGCAGGAAGAGAACCACAGCAUUGAUAAGAAGAGAAACACAGGAGACUGCAGAUGCUGGAAUCUGGAGCAACACAUAAAAGGUUGGAGACACUCAGCAGAUCAGACAAUAUCAAUCGAGGGAAAUGUACUGUCGAUAGUUCAGGCCAAAGCCUUUCAUCUGGAUGGAAGAUGAGAUGUUCAUCUGUUAAGAAGAGAGUGGGUACAAGAGUAAUAUAGUGAGGAAAAAAGAGAUUGUAAGAGCUGUUAUAGAUGUGUAAAAAAUAGUGUGGGUCUGUGAAGGACAAAGAGGAGAAAUUAUAUUGGGAGAGGAAAAUGUUUUUCAGGCACAAAACGCACAGGAAAUACUGGAUAGAUAAGGAUUUGGGGGGAAUGAGUUAAAAUAUUAACAUUCAUAAAAAAGGAACGGAACUGAAAAAUGAUAAAUUCGCAUGGCCUAAUGGUCUGUAUCUUAUGGUUUUGAAAGGGUGCCGACAGAAAAGUUGUUUUUCCACUGAUCGUCAUCUUCUAAAGUUCCAUCAAUCUAAAAUGUUUUCCACAUGUUGAAAAGAUAGCAAAUAUAAUCCCAUCUUUUUUGAAAGGAGGGAAAGAGAAAACGGGGAAAUUCAGAUCCGCUCCUUGUAUUGAAAAUGCUGGAAUCUAUUGAUAAAGAAAUGGUAACAGGGUACUUGGAAAAUAAGAACAAGGUUGGCAGAGUCAGCAAGGAGUCAUGAAAAGGAAAUCAUGUUUGAUAAAUGGAUUAAGAAAUUUUUGAGCUUGGAGCUCUCAGAUUACAUAAGGAUGAACUAAUAGGUGUGAUUUUUGGACCUUAUGAAGUCUUUUCAGAUGGCCACACGCACAAAAAUAUGAAAAAUAAAAUGAAGCACAGUGCAUUGGGGCAAAGCAACACACGCACAAUGCUGGAGGAACUCAGCAGGUCAGGCAGCAUCUUUGGAAAUGAAUAAACAGUCGACAUUUUGGGUCGAGUCUGAGAAGGAAAGGGGAAGAUAUCGGAGUGAAAGGCAGGGGGUGAAGAAGUUCUGGCAAAGCACUGCUUUGGAUUAAAUAUUGGUUAACGGACAAAAAGAAACUAAACUGGUUGGAGGGACUCAAAGAAGUACCCUUCAGUCCUGUCAAAAGUCUCGGCCUGAAAUGCCAACUGGACUUUUUUCUACGGACGCUGCCUGGCCUGCUGAGUUCCUCCAGCAUUUUGAGUGUGUUGCUCCGAUUUCCAGCAUCUGCAGAUCCUCUCUCGUUUUUAUAACAAGUCAUUCUCUGUCAGCAGAUGGUGAGUAGUGGUGCGCUACGAGAGUCGGUUUUGAUCACAUUUUACACCAUUGCUUUAGAAGAGGGGAGUGUGGCUUCUCUAAGUAAGAGUUGGGCUGAGCAGAAUUGAACCUGGAAACGAGAAGAUUAGAUUCUGUCCCUAAAUGUCUAUUUUUAGGUGUACAGUGUAUUUCAGGAAGAUGCAGAUAAGCAAACGGCCAUAAAUGAAGACAGAAUAGUUGAAGCAUUUAGCGACACAGCACUCAGGAUGUAGUUAUCCUAACCUGCAUUUGUUUGCUGUAAAAAAAGAAAGGCAGGCGCAAAUUCCUGCAAUACCUUUGGCAAUCUGAGGAUGUCCCAAUGUGCUUGAUAGAAAAUGAAGCACUUACUGCAGUUUUAAUUAGGUUAGCACAGUGGUGCAGCUGGUAAAACUGUUGUGUCAUCAUUCCCAGCGACUGGGGCUCAGUCCUGCGGCCGGGCGCUGAGUGUGUGACGUUUGCUCGUUCUCCCGGUAACAGCAUCAGUUUCCCUAGGUGCUGUGGUUUCUUUUCACAUCCCAAAAGGGGCUGGUCGUUAUGUUACAAACAAGAGAAAAUCUGCAGAUGUUAGAAAUAUGAGCAACACACACAAAAUGCUGGAGGAACUCAGCAGGCCAGGCAGCAUCUACUGGAAAAAGUACAGUCGACAUUUCGGGCCAAAACCCUCCGGCAGGACUCAGUUGACUGGACUUUUUUUCCAUAGAUGCUGCCUGGCCUACUGAGUUCCUCCAAUAUUUGUGGUUGUUAUGUUAAUUGGCCACUGAAAAUUGUCCCUGACGUAUAGGUAAAUGAUAGAAUUUUGCAGAAAGUUGAUGGGAAUGUGGGAAGAAUAUAAUGGGAUGCAUGCAGGAUUAGUGUAAAUUAGUGGCUGAUGGUCAGAAUAGACACAAUGGACUGAGGGACCUAUUUCCAUGUUGUGUGUCUCCUCUAAGGUGGUUAGAGCAUACAGGAAAUGAAGCGAUCUAUUUACACAUAGCAAGCUUCCAAAAAAAUCCUUUGUGAUAAAAUGUUUUAAUGUUGUUGGUUGAGGAAUGAGGAUUGGCAGGACACCGCAGCUAAUUCCUUGCUCUUUGAAAUGUACCAAAAGAUCUUUUAUAUCCACCUGACUACUUAAAAGAUCAGGUAGCAACUGUGAAGAGGCGGUGUCGGUGUGUCAGGUCAAAUGACCGUUCGUCAGGACUAGGAAGACCAGAAUGAGCAGAUUUGGAUUGAUUGCCUUGCCCUAAGCACAGGGCUUCAAACGGUACAGGAUUUCCUCAGUACUGCUUUGCUGUUUAAAAGCUUAAAGACAAGAAUGUUUUUAAGAGGGAAGCAUUUAUAAUUAGUGAUACAGGUAAACAUUCGAAAAAAAAACUGCCGGUGGUGUGACACCCUUCCUGCCAAUCAUUCCAACUUGAUCACAAAAGCAUAGCUGUAUGCGUGGCAUUAAAGGUAUCUACAAAAAGGAUAUAUUCAGCAUAAUGGGUAUAGAUUCCAAAGUAUAAUUGGAAAAUAGAAGGAUGGGGGCACCUUGCUGUUGGAACAGAGAUGGCAACGAGGAAAUGAGAGAAUUUACAAUUAUGAGAGGAAUGCUUCUUUCCAUUGGAUAAUGGAGCAAAGGCUCGAGGGUAUAGUUCCAAGGCAAUUGGCAAAUCAACCGGAGAUGAUAUUGGUGAAUUAUAAAAUGAGUGCUCAGGACAUUGCAAUGCUCUGUGAUAAGUUUCUGCUUCAAUAGCAACCCUCAGAAAGGAAUUGGUUAAGAAUAUUGAUGAGGGGAAAAAUGCCGGAUUUUAGGGGGAAAAGAGGUUCGGGAAACUGGGAAUAACUGGAAUCCACUUCUAAAGAUACAGCACAGACUCAAUAGCCUGAAUCACCUCCUUCUGUGCUGACUUAUAGAACUAUCUUUAAUUCACCACGACUACACACGCCUCUUUCCCCCGUUAGUUCCUACUCUUCAUAAACCUGUCAAACUCCAGAUUGAUAAUUUAUUGCUAGUAUGUAAUAUUAAAAUCAAAUUGAAUGAAUCAUGAUGUUCUUGUUUGAAAAUGUAGUCCAUUAUAUUUGUGUUCCUGGGCAAUAUUCCUGUGUUGUGCUAUCAGUGUAAUAUUGCUUUUAUAUGGGAGGUGGAACCGUAUCAUCAUAGGCUUGUCCAUGCUACCACCAACAUAGUUAGUUAAAGAGUGUGAAGACUUGUAAAGAUACCAUUCACUAAGUCACUGCUGGCAAAAUGCUGUGGAGUGAAGGUGCAGCAAUAUGGACAGAGAAAGACAAAAUAUUGUCAAUGCUGGAAGCCUGAAAUGCUGUAAAUACUUUGCAGGUCAGUCAACGUCUGUAGUGAGAGCAGCAGAGUUAACAUUUCCAGGUCAAUGAGCUGUUAAAAAAGAAUGCAAAAGCAUUUAUCACUACCGAAGCUCAGCCACCGGUGGUUGUGCCUUCAGUUGCUUGGCCUUGUGAUCUAAAAUUCCCCACCAGAACUUUCUUUGCCUUGGUUUCCUACUUUAAGGUGCUUUUUAAAACCUACCUCUUUAUUCAAGCUUUUGGCCACUUGUUCUAAUAUUGCCUUGUGGCUCAGUGUCAAUUUUUGUUUGUUAAUGCUCAUGUGAAAUGCCUUGGGAUAUUGUACAACAUUAAAGUUGCAAUAUAAAUGCA